AUGGGUUUGCUUUCGACGGCGACCAUAGCCACCAUCGGACUGGGCUCCAAAGCACUCCUGCACGCCCCCGGCUCCUGCUCUCUCACCGUCAACGGACUCGAUAUCCUCACAAAAGCCCUCGACAGCGGCCGCAGCGUCAUAACCGUAGCGAACCACAUCUCAACGGUGGAUGAUCCUGUAGCGUGGGGGAUCCUCCCGACGCGGUAUUACCUGCGUCCGCGCACCAUGCGCUGGGCGUUGGGUGCUUCGGACAUCAUGUUCACCAACCCGGUGUUCUCGAAAUUCUUCCGUCUGGGACAGGUACACGAGACAUUCCGGGGGAAGGGGAUAUACCAACCCGCAGUCGACGCGGCGAUAGACACGUUGAAUACUACGGGCGGCUGGAUCCACCUAUUUGGCGAAGGCAAAGUCAACCAUCCCUCGACGUAUCCCAUAGAUCCAGUGACGCGAAAAGUACAUUUACCGAGAUUUAAGUGGGGGGUGGGCCGCAUACUAAUGGAAUCCACCCCGACCUCGAACAACACCAACACCAACACCACCUCCACCUCUAACUCCAAUCCCAAUCCCAACAACAACAACAACACCGCACCACCACCACCCCGCCCGCCACCACCACCACCACCCCCGCGCCCACCACCACCCCCUCGCCCGCCGCUCAUCAUCCCGAUGUGGCUCUCCGGGUUCGACGCCCUCAUGCCCGAAGGCCGGGCCGCCCCCUGGAAAUACGCGCCCCGCUUUUUCGCGGCGCCGCGUGUGCGGGUGGGCGUGGCGUUUGGGGAGGCGGUGGAGGGGGCGGAGGUUGUGCGGGCGGCGUGGAGGGCGGUUGGUGGAGGGAGGGGUGGAGGUGCGGGCGGGGGUGCGGGUAGAGGCGGGGGUGGGGGUGCGGGUGGGGGUGGAGGUGGAGGUGAGGGUGGGGGUGGUGGUGCGGGUGGGGAUAUGGGUUGGGUUGUUGGGGAUGUCGAUGAGGAGGCCGUGGCGAGGGUGCGCAGUGAGAUUACGGCGGCUGUGCAGAAGGCGGUAGAGGAUCUGGGAAGGACGGUCGACGGGGCGAUGUUGGGCCGCGUCGUGGCGGACUCGGACUUGGACUCGGACUCGCGCUCGGACUCGCGCUCGACGGAGCCAGAUAAUUAA